AUGGUAUGUUUACGUCUCAGGCAUGAAUGUAAGUCGAAGUAUAUUACUAAAGUCAACGAGAAGCUUACCGAACUUCAAAGGUCUCAAAUUCAGAAAACACCAUUUAAAUGGUUAUUGAGUUUGCCUAAGAAAUUAAAAAUAUCCGAAAAUUUGCUUGAAGAAUUGGUAGAAAGAUGGGAUGAUAGGAGUGGGGGGUUUGCUAUACAAGGUCGUAUAAUACGGUUUACACCUUUAGAUGUAUGUUUUGCAUUAGGACUUCAUAUAAUAGGUGAAAAGGUGAACUUCAAAAAGGACCCUACAUCCACUACGAAAGCAAUGUUUGAUAUUGAAGUCAUCAAUGUAAAAACAAUUUAUGCUAAAAUUAUUAAUAUGGAACGAGACGAAGAUGCUGAGAUGUUUUGCCGACUUUAUUUACUUCUUGGUUUUGCCGAGUUCUACUUUCCAAAUUCAAGUGUUAAGGUUAGUGGGUGGUGCCUAAAAAUGUUAGACGACUUGAACUCCAUUGGGAGAUACAAUUGGGGUGUCGCUGUUUAUGAAAUUCUUGCUUGCAGUUUAAAUCGAGUAGCGCCUCUUUUUUGUGAAGGAAAAAAUUCUUCACGGUUACCGAUUAAGGGAUGCGCUCUUGUAUUACAGGUAUGGGCUCUAGAGCAUGUACUAGGAUACGAACGAAGUUAUCAUGAUUCUCCAUUGACGUUUCCACGAUUUAUGAAGGCGCUUGGUAUUAGUUUGGUUGGCAAAAAUAUAUCACACUUGCUUGGUUAUUGA